AUGCCCCGCACCUACUGUUUUUACGAGUAUGUCGAUGACCUGGAUCAAUUGAUAAUAAAUAAAUGUAGACAACGUGAUGGCAGUGCCGGAACUUGUURUCCAAUUGAUGGUCAAUCACGUCAAACAAAAUUUAGUGAAUUUACUCUCAGGCCUCCAAAGCUAUCAAAACGUUUGAAAGUUAGCGUUAAUGUCGACAAUAAGUUACUCAAUGAGGCCAUCAAUGAUGCAAACGAUGUACGGAUGAGACAGUUAUCGCAUGAAAAAUAUCUCAUUAAGUCUGGUAUCUACCAGAAAGCCAAUACAAUGGAAAGUUUUCAUCAGGGAUUCUUUGGCGGUCACGACACGCACCGGCAGACCAUCACUAGAGACGGCUGUUUACUGAUGGAGACGUCCAGAUCGUUGGCUCAAAAACUUAAUCUUGAACCACAUGAGUGUCAUUCAGUUCUCAGUCAAUAUCAUCUAAAUGAUAGUCAGCUUCGGGAUCGGUGUUUGGUUGAACCCCAUUGCGAUCUACAUAUGAAAUAUCGGACAUAUGAUGGCAGUUGCAAUAAUCUAAAACAUCCACUUUGGGGACGAUCAAUGACACAACUGGUCCGUCUACUUGAACCCGAAUAUUCGGACGGAAUCGACUCUUUCCGUAAAGCCAUAGACGGCUCAGAUCUUCCCAGUGCUCGUGAAUUAUCUACAACUCUUACAAUGACCGACAAUGUGGAGCACCCGAAAUUGUCGGCACUAUUUCUACAGUUUGGACAGUUUAUAGAUCACGACAUGACUCUUGGACUCAGCACUAGAACCGACAGUGGAGAAGGGCUGUCGUGUUGUGAGAACACAGAUGACGGCCAACUGAUACAACAUCCGGCCUGUAGACCGAUAAUGAUAUUAUCUAACGAUCCUUUUUAUAGUCGAUAUAACCAUUCGUGUAAUAAUUUUGUCCGAAGCAUACCAGCACCCAAUACGGCCUGUGUAUUGGGUCCACGAGAACAGGCCGGUGCCGUCACUCACGCUAUUGAUGGAUCACAUAUAUAUGGCAGUAAUGGGGAACGGGUCAAGUUUGUCCGGUCAUAUAUUGACGGUAAACUAAAGACACAGAUAAUCAAUGGACGGGAAUUUUUGCCGUCAGAUAAAGACAAACAGUUGUCAGUUGUUUGUGCCGCUUCUGGAGGUCAUCAUUGUAUUUAUGCCGGUGAUAUCCGAGUGAAUCAACAAUUUGGUUUAACAGUAUUGCAUCUAUUAUUUUUAAGAGAGCAUAAUCGUAUAGCUGGCAAACUUAGGCUAUUAAACCCGGAGUGGACGGAUGAGACAUUGUUUCAGGAAAGUCGUCGCAUAAUUGGCGCACAACUUCAAUGGAUAACUUAUAAUGAAUUUCUACCGCUAGCUAUUGGUCGGAACACAAUGAAAAACUUUAAGCUAUUCCCGAGUUCGUCAGGCUUUUCUAACAAGUAUAAUGUCGACACUAAUCUGGGUAUUAUCAACGAAUUUGCUACCGCUGCCUUUAGAUGGCAUACAUUGGUUCAGAAUUCAUAUCAUUUGAUGAACGCCAACGGUGUAUAUACAGGACAUCAUGUGUUGCGAAAUAUAUUCAACGAUCCGACACCAAUGUAUAGGGUCGGUGCUGUCGAUGAGGUCAUCUACGGUACAGCGGUGCAGCCGUCACAGGACUUUGACCCGAUUUUUGUCGAUGAAAUCAAACACCAAUUGUUUCCAUCGCCUAAUUUUACGUUUGGCGGCGAUCUCAUAGCUAUUAACAUACAGAGGGGUCGCGAUCACGGUCUCCAACCGUACGUCAGGUACCGGGAGAUUUGUGGUCUGCCGAAAAUUACCAGUUUUGAUGACCUGAAAGAAGUGUUUCGGUUUGCGGGAGCGGUAGACUUGUUCGCCAAAAUGUACCGAUCGGUCGACGAUAUAGAUCUAUAUAUGGGUGGCAUUCACGAAAGGCCAGUCAAAGACGGCAUAAUGGGUCCGGUAUUUACCUGUAUUGUUGCCGAACAGUUUCGUCGGACUAAAGAGGGCGACCGUUUUUGGUUUGAAAAUUAUGGAUUAAGACAUUCAUUUACUUCAGCUCAAUUAUAUCAGAUAAGGAAAGUUAGCUUAGCGUCCAUAAUCUGCGCCAAUGGCGAUAGUGUCCGCUAUUUCCAAUCGCUAGCCUUAUUGAUGCCGAGCAAUAGUAAUCCAAUAAUAAAGUGCACUGAAAUACCUCAUAUAAAUUUGAAUCAAUGGAGAAACUUUGGCUAA